CGUCACGGAAUCUCCGUCGCGGGACGGGCACGCGACGUGUCGUCUGCUCGCUCGCCCAAUCCACACGUCCGUGUCUCUUUCGUCCUGACAUUAAUGAUCGCAGACCCUCACAUGAUCAGACUUGGCGUUUCCUUGAUCAAAGUCUAGUAUUAUUAGUUUAAAAGUUGCUAUAUUAUUAAACGUCGAAAAUGGAUUCAACCGAUUCCGAAGGAAAUGAAGUUUUACCAGAGAAAGUAAAGGUUCCCAAGCAUUUGAUAGAGAAGAAGCGACGUGCCAGGAUCAAUAACUGUCUUGGAGAACUAAAAAAACUUGUCAUUGAAAAAGAUUUCCUUAAGGGUCAGCGGAGCUCCAAGUUGGAGAAAGCUGAUAUUCUUGAGCUCACGGUGGACUUCCUCAAAAGAAAAGCAAAACUGCCAUAUCCUGUACUUGAAUCUUUGGACGUCAGAGACUUACAAACCAAACUUUAUGCAAGAGGAUACAGGGAAUGUCUUGACCAAGUCUCCAAAUAUCUCAAAUGUACAGACAUCAAACAAUCUGUCGGUGAUACUUUACUCAAUGAAUUAGAAACUGUUGCACAAAAAAUGAUUUCAAAGAACGCGAAAUUGUCGGACAAACAUGUGCGGUCGGUAUAUGCAGAUGGAAAAUCACAUAAUGGUUUAACUAAGAUUCCACCGUCUGAUUGUUCGGAUCAUGCCAUACAUAGCAUGGCUACGGAAGAAGAAAUGCAUUUGGGAACGACUUCUUAUAAUUCCAAAGAACGCCUUGCAGCAGAAACACUAAAUCACAACCUCCGGAAUUCACCAAAUGACAAGCAAUAUGUUGAUAACAAAUGGCAAAUCGCUUCUGCCACUACUCUUAAUUCAAUUGGCGUGAUAAAAGACAAAGUGGAAUUACCCUCAACUUCGAUCAAAAUGGUCAAUGGACACCCUUCAGUAGAUUCGUUCAGCACACCAUCAAUAUAUCCAAUGGUAGGCAGCCUUCAAAGUGUCACCGUGUUUGUACCCUGCCAGGUGCUUGCCUCAGCUAUUCCGCCAUUCACUACAAGUCAGUAUCCGCCUUUCAGCAACGUUUGUGAACAUGCUGAGCUGACACCGCCUUUCCUUAACCAUUCUGCUGACCUUAAUGCUGUCAGUAUGAAUCCAAGUUAUAUUAAAAUAGAUACAGUCGCACCAAGUAACUUGGAAAACCCCCAUUCUGGUGUUGUGUCGGAGUCCACCACAGUACCUGACGAUCGUAAGGAGGAGGGUAAAGAUACUUGUUUAAACGAGAGUAUCUCUCCGCUGCCAUCUCCAUGGAGACCAUGGUAAAAGGCAUACAAGAAAUUCCGUUCAAACAUGCCUGUACCAUCUUUGUCACAUAUAUCAGUUAAAAUGCAUAUAAAAUACAUAAUCUGUAUUGUUUUAUCUUG